UUUGAGCUAACGCUCUUCUAGCCUUUUUUUGUCGAUGGCAUGCUGCUAGUAGCUGCGGCAUAAACGGGGCUGUCACGGGAAAAAUACUGACAUUUAAAAGCUAAUUGGAAUAUUUACUAAAAAUAUAUUGACAAUUUAUUAUUUUUGCAGCACAUGUCAGCCAUCACAUCCUCAUUAAUUGAACUCCCGGCCUCAGACUUUGAGGUUGACAAUUUUCCCCCAAGGUUAGUGAGCUAGCGCGCUAACGACAGCCGAUUAAAGUAGUUAGGCUAACAGUAACUCGGUAGCCACUUUAAGCCGCCGCAUCUUUAUCUCAUCGAUUACUCCAAGAUCCAAAAAUAGGGUAAUAAAAUGGCGGAAGCCGACAAGUUGAACAUCGACUCCAUUAUACAGCGCCUGCUCGAAGUGAAAGGAUCCAGACCCGGUAAAAACGUUCAGCUGACAGAGAAUGAAAUCCGCGGCCUCUGCCUGAAGUCUCGGGAGAUUUUCCUCAGCCAGCCAAUCCUGCUAGAACUGGAGGCACCCCUCAAGAUUUGCGGCGAUGUUCAUGGGCAGUACUACGACCUUCUGAGGCUGUUUGAAUAUGGAGGCUUCCCACCAGAGAGCAACUACCUGUUCCUGGGCGACUAUGUGGACAGAGGGAAGCAGUCGCUGGAGACCAUCUGCCUCCUGCUGGCCUACAAGAUUAAAUACCCAGAAAACUUCUUCCUGCUGAGGGGAAACCACGAGUGCGCCUCCAUUAACAGAAUAUACGGCUUCUACGAUGAGUGUAAAAGGCGAUACAACAUAAAGCUGUGGAAGACCUUCACCGACUGCUUCAACUGUUUGCCCGUCGCAGCCAUCGUUGACGAGAAGAUCUUCUGUUGCCAUGGAGGCCUUUCCCCGGACCUCCAGUCCAUGGAGCAGGUCAGGAGGGUCAUGCGUCCCACCGACGUGCCCGACCAGGGCCUCCUCUGCGACCUGCUGUGGGCCGACCCGGACAAGGACGUGCUGGGCUGGGGCGAGAACGACCGCGGCGUCUCCUUCACCUUCGGCGCAGACGUGGUCACCAAGUUCCUCCACAGACACGACAUGGACCUGAUUUGUCGAGCCCAUCAGGUGGUUGAGGACGGUUAUGAGUUCUUUGCUAAGCGCCAGCUGGUGACGCUGUUUUCAGCCCCAAACUACUGCGGGGAGUUCGACAACGCAGGGGCCAUGAUGAGCGUAGACGAGACCCUCAUGUGUUCAUUCCAGAUCCUGAAACCCGCCGAUAAGAAGCUGUUCUACGGCGGCGGAGGCGGCUUGGGCUCCGGCCGCCCCGUCACUCCUCCCAGGAAAGCUAAGAAAUGACAGCAGUAGUUUGCUUUUCGACCUCCGGCCCAUCCCUCCUGCCCUCUCUACCUCUCUUCUCCUUUAUUCCACCAAACAGCCAGAAAUCAAACCUAUACCCAGGGCUUUUUUUUGUUUUGUUUUUCUUCCUUUUUUAUCUGUACUUCUUAAAACAUUUAAUGUAAUGGAUUGUCUGAGUGAGUGCGUGCGUGCGUGCGCGGACUAUAAACUUGUCUCGUCUGCAGGUGAGCAUUAAAAUCACAUGUACAUUUUUGCAAAUUUAUUGAAAGGUUUAUACUUUCCCCUUGUUCUGACCGCGUUGAAACCACAGGGUCGGUCUCUAUGGCAACCAGACUGAAAUCGCAGGGGUUUUUUUGGGAGACAGGUUGCUGUCAUGGCGGCUUUGGCAGCAUACUUGUAGAGAGUAAGAGGGGGGAGGCGUGUUUUGUUUUCCCUGUUUCUGUACUGUAAAAUCUCAAACACAGGUGUGUGUGUGUGUGUGUGUGUGUUUCGUGUCUUGCUUAUUUUGCUGUGAGGAGUUGCAUAAUUUCCAAGCAAGAACACAGCGACACACACACGCACAAACACAAAUGACUCGUCAGAUUCAUAUGAGCCAGAGCUGUAAAAAACCCCCAUACAGUUUAGGUUUGUACAGAUUUGAUUACUUGAAAGAGAUUUUUUGUGAAUUCGUUUUGUAGUCUUUCAUCGAGUUGACCAAUAAACCGAGAAUCUGAA